AUGGCAGUUAAGGAAGAAAAGAAGACUUGUGUCCGCCAUACUGCAGGACUUGGGGAUGUACUGCCUCUCCUGAACUCGGCAGGGGAAGACGAAAGAAUUGUUCUUGAAGGCAAUAUCCUCAAGGCUCUGGAGGCUGCAUUCAACGAAUCAUCAGACCAGCUGGUUCUCCACUUGAAAGAAUGUAAAGCCCACCGGCUUGGACAUCUUCAUAAGGAAGCUAUCAAAGCGUUUAUGAAGAAUAACGAGUUGGUAAAUGAAUAUGUAGCAUCGUUCUUUGCUUGGAUAGUAGAUUUACUUCCAAUAAGCUUCAUUGAGAUAUUUUUUGAGGAAGAGGAUGCCGUCUGCAAAUAUUACAGAAGGGUCUUUACGAAGCUUUACAGAAGCUACAGAGUUACAGAAUCUAGACUGUCUGUGGAAGAGCACGACCCAGACACUUUGAGGAAUAUAACCAAGCCUAAGAUAACAGAGUUGGCAAAGUAUCCUGGAGCUAUUGCCUAUCUAGUCAGGAACUUGAUGCACAUGAAUGAGGAAGAAAGGUUGUUUUUGAUCACAAAACAUCUGAAGCGCGGGGAUCUUGAGUAUUACCUGAACAUGCUCAUUGACAGCUCUCAGAACCCUGAAAAAUACAUGAUGCAUCUCCAUGAUUAUCUUAACAACAGGGCUCCUGGAGAAAGGUCUUCAAAAUAUUCGGUAUUUAUGAACGUCUACAGCUUCAUCAAAAAGAACGGCCAUAGAGUGGUUGAAGAUGUCACAGCUGUACAGAGGGUAUUUGAUGACUACAGUGUAAAAGAACUUCUCAAAAGUGACAUUGGUACUAUCUUUUUUGCCCAAACCAUAAGCCACGUUGCUGAAUAUGCAGGGUGUGUGGGAAAAUGCAGGGACAUUGUUCAUGAGGCUCUAGAAUCGAAUGUUUCGAGGGAUGUGAGCAAAAUCCUAUGGAACACCUUGGUUAUGGAUAGAAACACAUUUAUAGAAUGCAUAGAUAAAUUUAAGGUUUUUGAAGAUGAGGACUUGGGAAGAAUUCUUCUUUAUGGCAAUAGAGGCGGUGAGGGAUAUGGGCCAUCCAUAUGCAGGUCUAUAGCCUACGGAGACGGCAUCUAUAGGAAAGAAGCAAUAGAAUAUGUUGUUGAGUCUUUUUCUGCGCGUGACAUAAUGGAUGUCCUACUUAGGCAGGAUAGCGACGAAAGAGGCUUCUUGUUAGAAUGCAUCUAUAGAAAGGCCUUAGUGGCGGAAUUUGACUUUAGGGUGUUUGAAAUUGAAGACGAGGUGUGGGUAGACAAGAUCUUCGACGAGAUAUUCAAGACCUUGGAUUGCAACAUUUAUGACACAUUGAAUGAAAAAAGACCAGAAUUAGCUUUUGACUACUGCUUUAGGCACAAGGAUCUUCGUAGAAGGUACUUCGAGAAAAUAGACAAAAAGAACUGUACAAUCGAAGAAGGUAUAUGCAUCCACAAAAUCCUGAAAUGCGAGCUUGAGCAGACAAAAGACCUGGGAGAUGUAUGCAGGUCGUAUGCAGAAGCAGUUUAUGGCGACAACGAAGGUGGGAAUGAAGUGUAUAUGAUAAGCACGCUUGUAGAUCCUGUGUUUACCGGAGGUGUUGUCGAGUUCAUUUAUCUCCUUACAUUGAUACGUCCAGACGAUGCAAAGUACUAUGUAUGCGAAUAUUUCGAUGAAGUGUGUAGAAUUGGAGCCAACAGUCUAGACGAGAAAGGCAUUUCUGGGGAUAUAGAUCAUUCCGAAGUGCUCAGCCUCAACGAUUUGAGCUUAUUAUGCUUGGUUCCUCUUCACCAGAUGAUCGGAACAAUCUUUUCCACCCAUCUGAAGAACAAAUAUCUAGUCUAUACAGUCAUGGAUUCGCUUCUUGGAUUUAUAUCCAAGAGCACCCAGCAUUUGCGACUUACAAUACUGAGGAACAUGGAUUCUAGCUCUGUUACGCCCCAUCACAUUGUUAGAUUCAUCGACACUCUCACACCUCUUCUUCAUGACUCCAAUAUCCAGAUCUGCAAUGAGAGCAAGAGGCUUCUCAUGGAAAUACCUGUUACAACUCCAGAGCUGGCUUGUCUCAAAUCCCAAAUGGUCCAAUCGAUAGUAGACAAAAUGUAUGCCCGGUCUUUCUUUGGUGCAGUUAGAGGGCUGCAGUUUAGCCAUUAUCUUUGCUUCAAUGGCCUGAACAUGCUUGUGCAGACCCUCACCAUGCAUAUCAAAGGCCUCAAGGAAGACGUCUUCUCUAUCAUUAAUAGCCUGCAGUUUAUUGCCCACCCCUCUGAUCUGGAGCUGGUCUUCCCUGUCAUAUUUGAAAGCUUAUCUUUGUUUGUUAUCGAAAAUGCAUUCUACCUAGACGAGUGCUGCAGUGCUGCGUCGUCUCUGAUGAAAUUCGGGAGGAAUGUUUCCUUUGACAAGUUGCUCGGCAAUAUGGGCCAUUCCCUGCGGGUUAACAAGUUUCUGGUAAAAUGCCUUAAAGCUUGCGACGACAGAGUUGUUGAGGGUGUCAUCAACAGACUAAUAAGAGAGGGAUCCUGUAGUAUGGAUAAUCCUAGGGGACAAGACCAUCAACUCCUGGCCCAUAUAGAACCUUUUUUCUUGGCUUAUGCUCCGGAGUUACCUGUUUUCAGAAAAUACAUUCCGGUGUUCGAGCCUCUUCUGAAAAGCUUAUUUCUUAGCUCAGACAUGGCAAAGCAGGAAAUAGCAUCCAAAGCCUUUGAGUCAAUGGAAGUACUAGAGUUUCUUAUGUUCUGCUGUAUUGUUGGGCAGUGGAAAACAAGACUUCUUUGUAUCGAACUAUUCGAUAAAAAGGGUGCUGAAGACAACAGAGUGCUGGCAAUGCUGUUUAUCCUGAGGAAUGACACGCACUCGGCAAUCAGGAAAAGAGCAUUAGAAAUAUGGAAAGACAGGGUUGAGAACACCAACUCGGCGUUAAGGAACAUCCAUGGAACUGUGCUUGGGUGCCUGGGAUACAAAGGAAGUACUAGCUCGUUCCAUGAUGCCAUUAUGGGUACUCUAAAUGACCUGAUUGGGAAGUACGACAAGUACAUUGAAAAGUACUUAAGAGAUGCCAUAAAUGUAGCGCAUCCUGAGGAUAUCAACACUGACAUGUUCAAUCCACUUGGACUGGAUGAAAGCGAAGAAGGGCUGAAAAUCACCACCAGAAAGGAGGUAAUCGAGACGAUCCUGAUAGAAUGUGUCAAGUCUGGCAAGCACUUGGAUUUGGCAUUCGACUUUGGAACAAGGAAUUCCUCAAUCAGCCUUUUUCGCCACCUUCUCCAGAUUCCACUGUACAGGGAAAAGGCUAUUGAAGUGGUAGGCAACAGAAUAGACGACCCAGCUAUAUCUGAUCUAUUUGUUGGUGAUAGCCAGCUGGGAAGUGAUCUUUUUAAGAUGACUCGAAAAACCUUCUUGUUCAAGUUUUUGAGGAAUUCUGACAAGAUCAGUCUCCUCGAGGCUAUGCUGUCCGAAGAAAAGCCAAAUGAUGGCCGCGUCGGGGAGCUUCUGGGGUAUAUGAAGUCAUCAGAAAAACUAGAGCAGCUUCUCUUGGCAUCAGAUCCUCUAUACACAUCAAUGUUUUAUGGCUCUGGAGAAAAGUUAGACGACCAUGGGCAUCAGAAGGAGCUAUUUCUUCGGGCAUUCAACAUUCUAGACCAUCAGGAACUGAAGCCCUUAAUCUCCCUAGGGUAUCUGAAUCUUCUUCUGGAUGUUUCGUACAAGAACAUCAAAGAUCCUAGGUCUCUGAUUGAGGUUCUCUGCACUUCAAAUUCCCUUAGAGCCCUUGAAAGAUUGGGCGAUAUCGUUUCGAACAUAGAGCUUGGAGAUUCCCUGUUCGCUCUAAGUGGGCAUCUUCUCCGGAACUACCUUUUCUACGAAAAGAGAGAAACCGUGCUCCCGUCUCUUGGUCUCCUGUACCGGAAAUACCGCGAUAAAUUGGGGGCCUUCAGGCUAACUCUUGAGCGUCUUCUUGAUGACACUGCACAGCUUUGA